AAGAGAUGGAAAAUAAACACCCUGCAAAGAAAUUGGUCUCUUCAGUUACUGUCUUCUAAGAUUUUCCAGGUUCUAGCGCUAAAUUAUAUAGCCGCGCCAUGCGAGGGCUGUAGUUUACGAGCCGGCGGAACGUAUGGCGGUGUUUUACUGCGCUGUGUGCAGGCAGACCACCUUCGCGGGGAAGAAGCACAUUUACAGCAAAAGCCAUCAGGCCAAACUGAAGGUUGUCCUGGUCAAGUUUCUGGAGAAGGUGAAAGAAGCGCGCCGGGCGCUCAGGUCGCCGCGGGUGGAGAAGCUGGACGCCACCGAGCACCGGCAGACCUUCUGGUGCUACUGCUGCGGGUUGGAGGUGCAGAGGCACGUGACCGACGGCGAGCUCACCGUGCUGUGCGCGGGCCUGCUGGAGCACAUGGCGACGCUGGAUCACAAGAAGAACACAAACAAGUUUUGGUGGGACAACAAAGCGGACCCCAAGCUGAAAGACAAAUUUUUAGUGACGGCAGAGGAGAUUGAAAGGUUUAAAAGCGCAGUUUCCAAAGCCCUAGAUGCCUUUGAAGAAGAGGAGGACACACUGUUGAAGCAGCAAGCAGACAUAAUCAGGGCGCAGGAGCAGCACCGACAGGAAGUCCUGCAGUCCCUAUUAGAGCCGGAGCCAGAGCCGGCGUCGUCGGGAUCGGGCCAGCAGGAGGCGCCAGAGGCGGCACCUGGUGUCACGCCGGGUCCCGCCUCUGGGAGCAGCUCUUGCCUCGGGGCCCUGGGAUUAAUGGAGGAGGUGGAGCCCUGCUGGAUGGCCCCUCUGGAGCGAAGCCAUUGGCCAGAGCCGGAGACUAGCCUGACUUUCAUUGGCUACCAGGAUUCUUCCGUUUAUGGCAAUAUCCACACAGGUGCUAUCCCCCCUUGGCUGCUGGACGACCCCCAGGAGGGGACCUCCAAUGGCACAGUGCAGGAAAUCGGCCCCUCCCACCAGGAGUUCCUGAAACACAAGGAGAAGGAGAAGCUGAAGAAGCUUCCAGCAAACCGCGUAGGGGCCAACUUCGACCACACCUCUCAGACUGAUGCGAACUGGCUUCCGUCCUUUGGCCGGGUGUGGAACAGCGGCAGACGCUGGCAGUCCAGGAACCAGUUCCGGGAGGAGGAGGGGCAAGCAGGCAGGAAGGCGAAGAGGCGCCGAGUUUGGGCCAAACUGGGGCAGAAGCCACAGAAACCACCGCAGUAAACACCCCCACCCCUCCCGUGGGGUUGUAGAUCAAAGCGAGUCUGAAUGUUUAAAAGCAGCCCUAACUGGCAUUGUGGCAGCCUUAAAGGCACACCUGUUGCUUGCUAUUAAAUAUGCAGGUUGACGCAAAUAUUUGCAAGAAUUAAACCAGUGCCCCCCCCCCCUCCCAGAACGCAGAACAGAAGCUGCCCUGGGGAGUCUUAAUGUACCUUUUUUUUAUUUGCCUGUGUGCCCUGAGUCGCAUGGUUACUCAUUAUCGCACAUGGGGCACUUUGCAUAAUUGCAGUGAAUUUAAGACGUGUAACUGGUGGCAUAGCGCAGUCACCAGUGACACAUCUGUUUCUGUAUUUAAUGCCUUUUGCUUAAAGUUAAUAGUUCAUUACGUCUGCGGUGGAACUGAAAAUGCAUCCAGGGGGAGCAAUUAACUCAUCGCUGUGUUUUUACUGCAAACACAAUGUAACAGUAAAAGAUUAAACAAGCA